GUAAUUAAAGCUAGCACUCAACGUAUAAAUGGUGGACAUAGGCUUAGUCAGAACGGUUAUUGGCAUUAUCGGUCAGUGAAAUUGUGAUCGGUGCUGUGUUUUACCUCUUACUUGUACAAUUUUCAUUUUUCGUUUUUGCGUUAUCAAUCGUGACGUAUCGAGUUCAUUGCAUGGGACGACCUGACAAAGAAUCAAAGAAGCAUGCAUAUAUUGAAAUAUCAUCUCUUUGAUCAUGUUUCUGUCCCCAAUACCAACAUUUUAUAGAAUAGUAAAGCAAAAAACAGUAUCAGAUUUCAAGCCGGAUCCCUACGUAGUAACAUUGCUGAAUUGUGCCUUAUGGGUCUUCUACGGCAUGCCCUUUGUCCAUCCUGACAGCAUUCUUGUGGUAUCAAUCAAUGGCGCUGGAGUUGUCAUCGAACUAGUCUACAUUCUCGUCUUCCUCAUCUUUUCUCUAGGCUCACAACGCCUAACGAUCUUUAAAGCACUUGUGGUUGAAGUUAUCUUCUUUGUUAUUGUGGUUUUGGUUACCAUGUACAUUUUCCAUACAACUAGACACCGGUCUUUGGUAGUUGGAAUCAUCUGCAUUAUCUUCAACAUCCUUAUGUAUUUAUCACCCUUGACAGUCAUGCGUAUGGUGAUCAAGACAAAGAGCGUGAAGUAUAUGCCAUUUUACCUGUCACUUGCUAACUUCUUCAAUGGGGUUGUUUGGCUGGUCUACUCACUCCUUAAAUUCGAUGCCAAUAUUCUGCUUCCAAACGGUUUGGGAACGAUUUCCGGCGCAGUGCAGCUCAUUUUGUACGCCAUAUUCUACAGAACCACUCGAUGGGAAGACGACGAGAAUGACAGGCCGCGGUCAGAGGUCCAAGUGUCUAAUGUUUAGAAAGAAAUUAAUUGACAAACAACAACAAAAUUUUGUUCCAUUAAGUAGGUCGGUUGUUUAGAGAGAAAUUAGUUGACAUGCAUCAAUAUUUGUUUUUUUGUUUUAUUUUUUAUGGCCAACUAGUUUAGUUCUUGAGCCAUUUCCUCAAUUUUUGUAGGUAUUUGCCUGUAUUGUUUGUUGUAAGUUAGUCAUGAGAUAGAAAGAUAGAUUACCGCUGCAAUUAACUGUAUCAGUUGAGGUAAUCAAUGUCAUUUGCAUAUUAGUGGUUCUAUUAAUUUGAACCCUCAAAUUAGCUCA